UGUAUAAAUAUAUAAAAUCAUCGGAUAAAAUGACAUGUUCGUAAUAAAAAAUUGUAAACCAUCUAUUUUAUAUGAAUUGAAUUAAAUUAACGAUAUCGAUAAUACGUGAUUAAAUAUUUUCUUCAAAUCGUAAUGCGAUAAUAAUAUCAGUGUAUUUCAACGUACGAAUAUGUUUUGGCAUCGUACGAUGACUAACUCGCUCGUCAGUUUGUUCAUGAUGUACUUUCAAGGACAAUCUUAUAUUGUAUAUGUAUUGACAAUUCAGGAAAAGAUAAUCGAUCUACUACGAAGUACAAAACGAGAAAGUACAUAAACCUCGUAUCCUCGUAAGUAAAUUUAUUUAAAGUACGGCGACGAAAAAAUAUUUAAAUUAUGGACUCCAAUGUGCAAUUGAUAAAUAAAUCGCGUUAUCGUGUAAAUAUAAAUGGACUUUAUUCUCCGUUCACAGAUAAAAAGCUUGUGUUCGCUGUCGUAUCAGCGUCGCUGUAGUCGGUGAACUCGCUGUUAACGGAAAAUAUGGCGAAAGUCGUCGAGUCCGUACGUAAGAAUCGACGAACGAGUAUCGAAAUAUUUAUUUAGAGUGCACCUAUGGGAAACAAAUAACCAAUCGUCGCGAGGAGACACACACCUCCCGUCGGGAGUCCAAGUGAGAAUUUCGCGUGACUCACAAUUCGUCAGUAGGAAUUCGAACAUCGAAGCGAAAGAAGAUUGUCGAAGUAAAUUAAGAGUUCAACGACGAUCCCAUUACGAAACUGUGACGCGAUAAGUGAAUCAAUUAACGUCGAUACGAUAUUUUCUGCUCGCGGAAAUACCGUCUAAAUUGUGUCGGACGAUACGACGCUCUAAACGCGAAGGAGAAUAUUCCGGAAAACGAAACGGAGUGAAAACGAUUUUCGAAAACGAAACGGAGUGCAGUGGCUGGGAUCUCGAUCGGCAAAUUUCCCGAAAUUUCCAUUUGGCGAUCGUACUUUGACGAGGAAUCGAGUGAGCCUCGCGCAGAAAUAAAAUUACGAAGCCGGUAAGCGAGAUCCAAUGAGCCGAGAACGUUAAUCGUCGCGGUCGUUCUAAACGAAACUGCGAGCAUGCUAACGACACGACGAGGGACGCUGGAUUAUUAAGUUAGUGUCCCCAUGACGACCAGUGGUCAAGGAAAUGGGUGUUUAGUGAACAAUCGACGCGCAGUAGUGACGACGCGAUGCUUCGAACGACCGUCGAUCCGGCAUGUGGCGUCAAGAAUACGAGAAAAUAGUAAAAGGGAUCCGUGUCAACGAUCACCCUGAACAAUACGAUUUUCGCGGGAGAAGAGCAACGACGGUUCCGUUCGAACGUAAAAGACGUUCUGCCAGCAAACUCGGUGCGAACGACGUCGAAGAUCGUCCGAUUAUAGUUUCUUCUAAUAACCGAACGAAGACGUGAGAAUUAGCGCGGAAGAUCUACACCGACAGAGUUUAACAAUGUUCUGUUUGAAACGAAGAAGCAAUGGCGACGCGAACCUUAACGAGACUUUAAACGAGGACGAUUUCGGAUGGUGGCUAAGCAAAGACGAGGAUCCAAUGUCACCGACGUCCAGUCAAAGCAAAGACUGCCUGUCUCUUGAAUCGUCCGAGUCGAUGCUUUCCUGCAUCGACUCCGACGACAAUGAAAGUUAUUCUCUGGCACAGGAAUUCGGGCAGGAACGAAACGAUAACUGCGAGAAGAUAGAACUCGCGUCUUUGAUUCACGACGAUCUCGACGUGGCCCUUAUCGAACAGGAUGCGAUUGGGGAUGAACCGGAGGUCGCGGUGUUUCCAGCGGAAGAGGCUGAAAAGUACUUCGACGAAUCGGGGUCGAAAUCGCAUGGAUUUCAUGGCAUAUGCUACACCCCGGAAAGGCUGAUUAGAUCUCAGGAGUAUAGAAUACUCACUCCAUCGCCCCAUUACUUAUCCAUCUCUCAGGCGAGAAUCAUGCCAGAAAAUGAAAAUCAACGGAAGGCACUUCGUUGCCGGCGGCGAUUGAAUUAUCUUAUCAACUCUAAGCAAGUUGGUACGGCACGAUCAAAACCCCAUAAUCGAUCCGAGCCAGCGGAAAUAGCGGUGCCGACGAUCGUUUUACAUUAUCGAAACAAUUAUAAACGAAGCUACGACAACAAGAACGCAAAAAUGGAUAAUGACAGAGACGUAACGGAUUAUAAGAACUUAUCUGCAUUGGAUACAGCCGACUUAGAAGGCAAAGGGUCCAGCUACGAGAGGCUCCCCGUCGCCUGGGAGGACUGUAAGAAGACUGAAACUUGUAACUCCUCUCUAGAGGACACCUCGGGUAUCCAGAGCAACGACUGGAGCUCGGAUACAUACAGCGACAUACAAAACACACCUUUGUGUCUUUCCGACGAGUUAGCAUCGACGAAUUACAAGCUCGACACAUCGCAGGGACGAUGUACUGCUAUCAACGAGGUAAUGUCAAUUCUUGAAGUCCUUGAUACCGAUCCCGAGAAAGCAGUGCUUCUACUUGAAGAAGAUCGUUUUUGCAACAGCACUUCUACCCACGAUAAUUUAACCAGGCUGGCCCUGACGAUCGAAACUGAUGCAAAAGUACCAGGGAUUCGCGAAAAUUCUGUAAAUUCGGUCUACCACCUCCGAAAGAAAGUGGAAGAUCUUCAGUCCAAUAACAAGGAUAUUUACAGGGAUAUUCGUAAUCUAAGAACGAGUUUUCAGUGUGACGAACGAAAAAUGGCGGACAUCUCAUCCAGUGCGUACAAACUGCGACAGGACAUUCACGAGAUGCGAUAUCUCGACGAUCUCUUAAAUCUCUUGCAAGGAGAAAUCGAAGGAAUCUCAAAAAGAAGUUGGCCGUUCGUAAUUGGCGGUACGGAACACCACUCGGAGGAAGUGAAUCUCAUCGUGUAAAUAAAUUCCAUCGAUUCCUUCGACGAUGGUAUUUAACGAAAGAAAGCAUGGACGGAAAACGUACUGUAAAAUAUUCUUCGGGGAUUAUUUUUUCAUAGAAACCACAACCUCCUUAUGUAUUUUUUAAAAUUUUCAUACAAAUUCGAUAAAAGAAAAAAACAACCCAUGAAGUUGCAGUAUAUGCCAAAACAAUAGUUUCGAAUUCUACUUUGUACUGUUUUUACGAUUACUUGUAUUACCAAAAUGAAAUG